ACAGGUCAGUGACUGUAACUUGAUUUCUGACGGUCUGUUGAUGCUUCUGUGGUCAUAGACAAACAAAUGAAUAACAUUACUAUACAUUUACAAGGUUUUAUUCAUUUUGGACUGCAUGACUCAUUGAUGUCAUGAAUAAUGGUUCAUGUACCAACGAACAUUUAUCUGCGUAAUCCACUGAAUGCUCUGUAACGCACCCUAUAAAGCCAGUCAGGUCCAGAUGUGUGUACAUGAGGAAUCCUCAGGUCUGGUGGAUGGGGAUCGCUCUUUCUGUGUUUGUAGAGCAGCCGUACGCCUCAAUUACUCAAAUAUAUAUAAAGUGAAACGUUUGCACUACUUGUCUAUGGAUGUAUUAGAUGCAUGCAAGCCUUUAUGCUGAAGGACAAACUCACUUUAUCUUCAGUAAACAGACUGAAAGUGACGAUUAGUUAGUUAUUGUGUGAGUUAUUGAACAAACCCCGAUCCGGCUUGAGACGCAACUUUACCCGAUUGGGUUUCUUCCAGCGAGAUUUCUCAUCCAGCUCUCAAACACUGUUACUGGUCGGUCUCCUGCUCCGCUGCGAUGAGUCCUCAUGCCUGGAUGUUGUGCGCUCUUCUCUGGGUCUUCACCGGUGAGCGGAGCCAGGGCUCUUCCAGGGGGCCCGUCCCGAGCCGAAAGAGGAGGCUCGCUGACGACAGGGAACCCAAAAAGUGCUCCUACACGUUCUUGGUCCCGGAGCAGAGGAUCACAGGGCCGAUCUGCGCCAGCCAGGGCCCUUCCCUGCCCGAUAAAGAGCGCGUGACGCGGACGGACGUGGCGGACGUCCGCGAGAUCUUGACCAAGCAGAGGCGUGAGAUGGACACGCUCCGGUUGGUCGUGGACGUGGAUGGAAACAUGGUCAACGAAAUGAAACUGUUGCGUAAAGAGUCGCGCAACAUGAACUCCCGCGUCACACAGCUGUACAUGCAGAUGCUGCACGAGAUCAUCCGCAAGCGGGAUAACUCCCUGGAGCUGGCGGCGCUGGAGGGCCGGGUCCUGAACGGCACGGCGGAGGCGCUGCGGGUGUCCGGCCUCUACCGGGAGCUGGAGCUGCGCUUCUCCACGCUGGCGGCGCUGGUCAACAACCAGUCUUUGCUGAUCGCCGCUCUGGAGGAGCGAUGCCUGCAGGUGUACGGGAGUCACCCACGGGAGCCGCCGCCUCCGCCGCUCCUGCAGGUCGUGCCGGAGAACAUCCCCGUGAACGUGCCCCGACUCUCCAACGAGAUCCAGAGGAGCCCCGAGGACAGGCCAGCUCGUCAGGCCAACGCCAGUCUGGAGGGUCCGUUCCGGGACUGUGUGCAGGUGAUGCAGGCGGGACACACCACCAGCGGGGCGUACCUGCUGACGCCGGAGGGCUCGGAGACGCCGGUGCAGGCCUGGUGUGAGCAUGACGUGGACCGAGGCGGCUGGACCCUCAUCCAGAGGAGGAAGGACGGGUCCGUCAACUUCUUCAAGAACUGGGACAGCUAUAAGAAAGGCUUUGGAAACGUGGACGGCGAGCACUGGCUGGGUCUGGAAAGCAUCUAUAACCUGGGCAAGCAGGAUGACUGCAAGCUGCUGGUGGAGCUGGAGGACUGGAUGGGUAAAAAGGUUUACGCGGCGUACAGCAGCUUCUACCUGGAGCCGGAGAGCCGGGCGUACCGUCUGCGUCUGGGCUCGUACCAGGGCAACGCUGGAGACUCCCUGACCAGCAACAACGGCAAGCCCUUCACCACGCUGGACCACGACCACGACGACUUCUCAGGGAACUGUGCUGAUUUCCACAAGGCCGGCUGGUGGUACAGCGCCUGCGGUCAGACCAAUCUGAACGGCGUGUGGUAUUCAGGAGGAGUGUAUCGCAGCCGGUUUCAGGACGGCAUCUUCUGGGCCGAUUACGGAGGAGGGUUUUACUCCAUGAAGUCUGUGCGUAUGAUGAUCCGGCCCGUCGACUGACGCCCGAGCGGACCACGGGUACCAUCGAUGGGUUCAUCUGUCCUUAUGCCUCAGGUCUCAACCAGUCGGCUUUACUAGUGUUUGGGGUUAACUUAACAUUGUGUAAUGAAACUGAAAUAAAAUUAAAGAGAUUUCUAAC